AUGUCGAUCCCAAACGAAGCCCUGCAGAAGCUCGUCCAUGAGAUUGAGAGCCAGGCUCUCGCUGCACAGCAGCAGAUAAGCGUCGCCCGAGGCCAGAUGACGAGCAAGCAGCGUGAGCAGCGCCUGGUGAAGUUGACUAUGAGUGAGAUGGCCAACUUGCCUGAAGAUACUGUUGUCUACGAAGGCGUUGGUAAAAUGUUUGCAUCUCUACCUGUGUCUUCCUUGCGUGAGAAGCUGGAGCGUCAGACGCAGGACCUGGAAAGCGAAGUCGACAAGCUGAGCAAGCGUCUGCUAUACUUGGAGACCACCCAGAAAAACAGCCGGGAACAUAUUGAGCAAAUGCUACGGAGCCGGUGA